ACUCCUCGCCGCCGGCGCGCUGUGCUCCCGUCAUCAAAACACGAUGCCGCCGCCCCCAGCCGUGCCACACGACGUGGGUGCUGUCCUCCGCCUCCUGGAGUCCCGCGACCUUCCCGCCGCCGCGCGCCUCGCCGCCGGCUCUGCUUCCUCCUCGCCGCUCCCGCUCGCCGCGGUCCUCCUACACCGCCCGCUGCCCCCGCGCCUCGGCUACAGCCUCCACGCCCGCGCAGCGCGUGCGGGCCUCCUCGCGGACCGCUACCUUGCUAACGCGCUGCUCGCGUUCUACGUCCGCCUCCCGGACCACCUGCCUCACGCGCUCAGGGCGUUCGACGACCUGCCCCGCCGCGACGUCGUCGCGCACUCCUCCGUCCUCGCUGCAUUCCUCCGUGCGGGUCUCCCGCGCCGCGCGCUCCUCCAGCUCAGGACCAUGGCCUCCGGCGGCUACGGCGCUGACGACGACGUCGCCCCCAGCGCGCACGCGCUUUCCGCCUCCGCCAAGGCGUGCGCCGUGCUGCACGACCUCCGCGCGGGAGCCUGCGUGCACGGGACCACCGUUGUGCGAGGGUACGGCGACGAUGGCGUCGUGCUGAGCGCGCUCGUGGACAUGUACGGCCACUCGGGUGCGCCGGGCGACGCGCGGAAGGCGUUCGAGGAAAUGCGCGCACCGGAUGGGAUAUGCUACACGUCGUUGAUAUCAGCAUUCGUGCGGAACGACUGGUUCGACGAGGCCCUGCGGUGGUUUCAGGCUAUGCUCAGGACAGAUGGGGUUUGGCCGGACGGCUGCACAUUUGGCUCUAUGAUGUCGGCGCUUGGGAACAUGAAGAGAGCGAGGCAGGGUAGGGAGGCACACGCGCAGGUUGUGACACGUGGCCUGUGUGGGAACGUCAUCGUGGAGAGCAGCACACUUGACAUGUAUGCCAAGUGUGGUAUGAUGGUGGAUGCACGCAAGGUAUUCGACAGGAUGAAGGCUCCGAAUGCAGUUUCAUGGUGUGCCCUGCUUGGGGGGUAUUGUCAAACUGGGAAGCAUGAGAAGGUUCUCUCGUUGUUUCGACAGAUGCAUAUGCAGGAGCAGGACGAUGACUGGUAUAGCUUAGGGACUCUUCUGCGAUCUUGUGCUGGUCUGUCUGCAGUGAAGCUAGGAAAAGAAAUCCACUGCCGUUCUAUGAGGAUGAGAGGAUGCGGAGAUGUCAUUGUUGAAUCCGCACUCGUGGACCUGUACGCAAAAUGUGGUGCAGUAGACUAUGCCUACAGAGUAUUCAAAAUGAGCAGUGUCCGCAACAUGAUUACUUGGAAUGCCAUGAUUUGUGGUUGUGCUCAGAAUGGCCAUGGUGAGCGAGCCAUCAGCCUGUUCAAUGAGAUGGUUAGAGGAGGGGUCAAGCCAGACUACAUCAGUUUCAUUGGUGUUCUUUUUGCUUGUAGCCAUACUGGGAUGGUUGAAGAGGGAAGGAACUACUUCAACUCAAUGAGCAAGGACUAUGGUAUUCCCCCUGGUAUUGAACAUUACAAUUGCAUUGUUGACCUCCUCAGUAGAGUGGAGCUUCUAGAAGAGGCUGAAGAUCUUGUAAACAAGUCACAAUUUAGAGAUGAUUCAUCACUGUGGGCAGCAAUACUUGGUGCCUGUGCCACACAUACUAACCCAGAUGUAGCAGUAAGGGUUGCAAAGAAGAUGAUGGAAUUGGAGCCUCAAUACCACCUGAGCUAUGUUCUUCUUGAAAAUGUGUAUAGGACGAUUGGGCAUUGGGAAGACGCUGUAAAGGUAAGGAAGCUGAUGAAAUCAAGAAAGGUAAAGAAAGAACCUGGAACAAGCUGGAUUAAUGCAAACAGAAGCAAACUAUACAUGUGUAAUGCUAAGGGGGCAGCCUCAGAGCCUGUAGCUUCUGAGGACUUCAGGAAGUGCAGUUCAUUGACUGAUUUAGCUUGUGAUUUUGGUAUCUGAAAUAAUGCUUAUAAGUCAUUUCUCAACUGUACUGACAAAUUUUAGCAGCUCUUGUUUCAAAUCUGUUGCACAAGCCCUCCGCAUAUGUUAUUCUCUCAGGGAUUGGUGAUGGGAGAAGUACAAAGAUAUGGAGGGAUAACUGGAUUCCUCGGGGACACAAGCUGAAACCAAUAGAUUGUACUUGUCUUUGGUGGGUGCAUCAAUUAAUUGAUUCUCAAUCUAACCCUUGGGAUGAAACUACAGUGAGAAGGUUUUUUCUAUCCAUGUGAAGAUGCUGAAAAUUUGAGGAUUAGGCUUCUUGGUGAAAAAGACAACAGGACUGCUUUGUGUGGCAUUAUUAUGAAAAAAAAAUGGGACUGUUUACAACCAGGAGUGCAUAUAGAGUUGCCAUGUGCUUGGCCACUUGCACUAAAGUGUGGGUGAAACUGGUGGAAACUCAACAUCUGAGGAAGGGAGGUAGAUUUGGGAGGAGCUAUGGGAGCUGAAGAUACUGGCAAAAAUCAGAAUCUUUGCAUGGAAAGUCAUAAACAAUGGAUUGCCAACUCGAGCUAACAAAUGCUUUCGACACUUACCUACACAGACUAAUUGUGAGUCAUGUGAUCAUGACAUGGAGGACCGCUUCCAUGCAUGUGAUUCCUGCCCAUCCAACUGCUCACAGAUUUGAAUGCACAACCCUUGCUGCAGAGGAUGACAUCAAUGGACAGUCUCUUGUCUAACUAUACAGAGGAGGUAAAAGUAAAUUUCUUAAUGCUCAUUUGGUUGACCGGUUUGUUUGUAAUAAUGUUUUAGAAGCUACGGCUUGUUCGCUGCGGCUUGCUGCGGCUGCAAUCCGGCUGCGGCUGCGGCUUCUACAGUAUUUUUCUCUCUAUGGAUUGCAGCUGCAGCAGUCCAAACAGCUGCAACAGUGUCGGCUUGCAGCCAACCGAACACGCCCCUAAUGGCAACAUACAUUGCAUGGUUCAGUUGUUUUC